CUCCCCCCGGCGUGUCAUGUGUUUUCACCCCCCUUGUCCUCCCUCUUCACCACCACCUCCUCUUCCAUCUACCUCUCUCCACCAUAAUUCUCUUGCUUUCUCCAGCAGGCUUCAAACACGCUGCAGGAUGUCUAUUGUGAGCAUUGUUGCCAGGGAGAUCCUGGACUCAAGAGGAAACCCCACUGUGGAAGUAGAUCUUCACACAGACAAAGGUCUGUUCAGGGCUGCUGUGCCCAGCGGUGCAUCCACUGGCAUCUAUGAGGCUCUGGAGCUCCGAGAUGGAGACAAGACUCGCUACAAGGGCAAAGGUGUAACUAAAGCUGUUGGUCACAUUAAUGACUCCCUUGGACCUGCCCUUGUCCAGUCGGGAGUCAGUGUGAUGGAGCAGGAGAAGCUGGACAACAUCAUGAUUGAAAUGGACGGCACUGACAACAAAUCUAAGUUUGGGGCCAAUGCUAUUCUGGGAGUAUCACUGGCCAUAUGCAAAGCUGGUGCAGCAGAGAAAGGUGUCCCCCUCUACCGUCACAUUGCUGAUCUUGCAGGAAAUGGAGAGCUUGUCCUACCAGUUCCUGCAUUUAAUGUGAUCAACGGGGGCUCCCAUGCUGGUAACAGACUGGCUAUGCAGGAGUUCAUGGUGCUUCCUGUUGGGGCCGAGUCCUUCCGUGAUGCUUUGCGUGUGGGGGCUGAGCUGUACCAGACUCUGAGAGGUGUCAUCAAGGAGAAGUAUGGUCAGGAUGCUACAAAUGUGGGAGAUGAGGGAGGGUUUGCACCAAAUAUACAGGAGAACAGCGAAGCCCUAGAGCUGAUAAAGACAGCCAUAGAAAAAGCAGGCUUCACAGACAAAGUGGUGAUCGGGAUGGACGUCGCUGCUUCAGAGUUUUUCAUCGAGGGCAAGUACGACCUGGACUUCAAGUCUCCACCCAACGCUGCCCGUAACAUCAGUGGUGAGGAGCUGGCCAGCAUCUACCAGGGCUUUAUUAACAACUAUCCAGUUGUGUCAAUUGAAGAUCCUUUUGACCAGGAUGAUUGGCCUGCGUGGUCACAGUUUACAGCCUCCGUGGGCAUCCAGGUGGUUGGAGAUGAUCUGACCGUGACUAACCCGCGCAGGAUACAACGAGCCGUGGAGGACAAGGCCUGCAACUGCCUGCUGCUUAAAGUCAACCAGAUUGGCUCUGUCACAGAGGCCAUCAAGGCGUGCAAGCUGGCCCAGGAGAACGGCUGGGGAGUGAUGGUGAGCCAUCGCUCUGGAGAAACAGAGGACACUUUUAUAGCUGACCUGGUGGUCGGUCUGUGCACUGGACAGAUCAAAACUGGAGCCCCCUGUCGGUCUGAACGUCUGGCCAAAUACAACCAGCUCAUGAGGAUUGAGGAGGAGCUGGGUGACCAGGCUCGCUUUGCUGGACACAACUUCCGCAACCCCAGUGCCCUUUGAGUGCCAGUGCAAGUGAAACCAGUCUGUUAAAUUUUCCCGAGAGUAAUGUGAUAAUGACAGUUUGAGCAAAGUUAUGCACUAAGACACACAUUCAAGACUAAUUAAUUUUCACUGUAGCAUUGUAGUUGCAAUACACUGACCUGAACACAGACUCAUACAUGGUUUGUUGUCUUCACGACUCACUGCAGAACAGGUCUGAUCUUUGUGCUGUCGUCUCCUCUUCUUUGUGUUGUUGUAUCUGACGUGACUAUCGAGCAGCUUGCUUCAAAAUGUGUCUGUUACUUUGUCCACAGUUGAGCUUAAAACACGUUGAUGGAUAAAUGUGAACUCAAAACCAAA